AUGGCUGCAAAAGAGUUAGUUACUAAAGGUCUUAGACGAACAAUCGGAACAGGAGAAGAUACGCUUGUUUGGCAAGACCCGUGGGUACCGGAUGAGACCGCAAGGACUCCUAUGAUAACACAGGCCUAUGAUCCAAACUUGAAAGUCUCGGAUCUAAUUGACCCUGCGAGAAGGGAAUGGGACAUCACCAAACUCAGGAAUGUACUCCACCCCGAUGAUAUACCACUAGUCCGAAGUCUAAAUCUUAGCAGGAACCCCAUACAGGAUAGUUACUGCUGGAACCUAACAGUAUCUGGGAAAUACUCAGUCAAAUCAGGCUAUAUGUUUGCAAAAUCAAAACCAGAUGAGGAAACUGAGUUCAGGAAUCAGCUACCCUCACUUAAUCCAUUGAAGGAAAAGAUAUUUAAAGUCAAAACCGGGGAAAAAAUCUGCCAUUUUUUGUGGCAAAGUCUCUCCGGAGCUAUUUCAGUUAAUGAAAGACUUUUCAAAAGACACAUUGGAAACGACCCCAGUUGCCCCAGAUGUGGCAUGAAGAAGAAACGAUCAACCAUAUGA